AUGAAGACCUCUGCGUACCUGCUUGCUGCUCUGCUGAGCCAGGCUCUCGCCCUCCCUGCCAACGAGCAGCGCGCUCCUGCUCCCGACCACGGUCGUGCCAGCGCUGUCCGCGCCGCUUUUCAGACUGCCUGGUCCGGCUACUACAAAUAUGCCUUCCCUCAUGAUGACCUGCACCCCAUCAGCAACACCUUCGAGGACGACAGAGCUCAAUGGGGCCUCACGCCAAUUGACGCCCUCGACACUGCCAUUGUCAUGAACUACAAGGACAUUGUCAACACCAUCCUCGACUUUAUUCCUAGCGUUGACUUUACCACCACGCGCAAGGAGAACGAGACUAUCUCUCUCUUUGAAACCACGAUUCGCUACAUCGGUGGUCUCCUCAGCGCCUACGACCUGCUCAAGGGUCCGUACAAGCGCCUGGCCACCGACCCCAAAAAGGUCGACGCCCUACUCACCCAGGCCGCCAGCCUGGCCGACACGAUCAGCUUCGCCUUUGACACGCCGAGCGGCAUUGCCGACGGCUACCUGGUCCUGAACCCCGCGCGCAGCAUCAGCGGCGCCUCCAGCAGCAACCUGGCCGAGGUCGGCACCCUGAUCCUCGAGUGGACGCGCCUGAGCGACCUGACGGGCAACCCCAAGUAUGCGCAGCUCGCCGACCGGUGCGAGGCGCACCUGCUCGCGCCCAAGGGCAGCCCCGAGGCCUGGCCCGGUCUGGUCGGCACCGAUAUCAGCACCAAGGACGGCACGUUCCUCAACAGCCACGGCGGCUGGUCCGGCGGCGAUGACAGCUUCUACGAGUACCUCAUCAAGAUGUACGUCUACGACCCCAAGAGCUAUGGCCUCUACCGCGACCGCUGGAUCGCCGCCGCCGACUCGACGAUGGAGCACCUCGCCUCGCACCCGACCUCCCGCAAGGACCUCACAUUCCUGAGCCAGUUUGACGGCCAGACCACGCAGCCCGUCACCGGUCACCUGACCAGCUUUGCCGGCGGCAACUUUAUCCUCGCCGGCCUCGUCCUCAAGGAGGACAAGUACACCAAGUUCGGUAUCGAGCUCGCCGAGUCGUACUUCCAGACCUACAACGCCACCGCCAGCGGCAUCGGCCCCGAAGUCUUCCGCUGGGUCGACGCCGCCAACCCCGGCGGCCAGCCGCCCGCCGACCAGGCUGACUUUUACGCCAAGGCUGGCUUCUGGGUCGACGGCGCCGACUACGUGCUGCGCCCCGAGACGAUGGAGUCGCUCUACUACGCCUACCGCGCCACCGGCGACAAAAAGUACCAGGACCUCGCCUGGCAGGGCUUCAACGCCAUCGCCAGCAAGUGCCGCGCCGGCAGCGGCUACUCGGGCAUCCGCGACGUCACAAAGGCCGACGGCGGCGGCUUCGACGACUUUCAGCAGUCCUUCUUCCUCGCCGAGACGCUCAAGUACCUGUACCUCAUCUUUGUCGACGACACGCCGGUCCAGGUCAAGGCCGACAGCCCCAACCAGUUUGUCUUCAACACGGAGGCGCACCCCUUCAAGGUCCGCAACUAG